AUGGGAACAAAUAUUGGUAUACAAAUUCGUAAACUUUAUGAACCACAAUUAUAUCCAAAUGCAUCUGUUGUUCCACUUUUUAAACGAAUUUUUGGUAAACAUACAAAAGAAGUUUGUUCAGUUGGUUUUGAAGCAAAUCCUAUUCAUUCGAAUUAUUUAAAAGAAUUUGAAAAAUAUUGUUUAAAACGUAAAUAUCGUGUAAAAAUUUAUACAUCAACUGCUGUUAUCAAUCGAUUUCAGUGUCUUGAAAAAUGGCAACGAUUUGGUGGUUCAUGUUAUUAUCCAUCUAAUAUAACAUCAACUGCUACUGAAGCCAAUAAUACAUGCAAUAUGGCUUAUUCGAAUAAUUCUCAAUUGAUGCAGAUUCGACAUUCAAUAGAACUGUACUAUGCGGCUCAUUUUCUUAUCACCAAUAAUUUGUCUGAAUUACUAAUCGAUAUCAGUUCGCAUGUACUCAACGUGCUCGACUUUUGUUUCAACAAUAAUAUAUGUGGCAAACAUGGACGUUGUAUUAAUGGUCUAGUUGGUGUCAAAUGUUCAUGCUAUUUCUGGUCAGAUGGUUUAUUAUGUCGAGAAAUUUCCAUGAAAUUUAUACAGAUUGCAAUUGGUUUAUUCAUAAUGCUGCUUCUUAUUGUUUUAACAAAACAACCAAUUCAGCAAUAUCAACAACGUAUAAUGAAAAAACUCUUCGACCCAUGUAAGGCUUCUUCAACUGUGUCGGAUUCUAUACGAGAUGUAACAAGUAAAUUUAUGACAGAUGAACGUUCUGAAGAUACAUCGGCAUUAGAAAGGCAAUGUUCAGAUGUUCGUACAGGUCAACCCGGCGAUUAUUUAUCACCUAUUGAACCUUUCGAAACAACGAAUCGAUAUGAAACAGCUGCUCUUUGCGGCGUAAUUAUGGUUGAAAUGCUUAUGACUCUCGAACGCUUCUUUAUUGAUUUGAGUGAACUAUGGAAUUACGGUGUCCUCCGACUUCUUUUCGAACGUUCUCUACUACCUUUUCUCUACAGUAUUCGGUACUAUCCAAUAUUUGCUUCGUUACAACAAAAAAAUAUUUGUGUUCGCUUCUUUGCUUUUCUAUAUAUGAUGGGUAUUAUUGGAUAUACUAUCAUCCGUAGAAGUUCAUGCAUGGAUUAUUUACCUCUUUCAAAAAGAUUUUCAAUAUAUGAUGAAGUAAAACAUCGCAUGGAACUUGGCACUUGGAUUACUAUUUAUGGUGUACUGAAAAAUAUGCCACAAUUCUAUUUACUUUCAUAUAUAAGUGCAGAACUUACUGUUCGUUUUAUUUAUGAUUCAAUCUAUUUGAAUUAUAUGAAAAAACCAAGUGUUAAAGAACCGCCAAUGACUCCAGGUAUUGAAUUUAAUAUCCAUAAGUCGACAGGUGUGCCUCCUAACUUUCCGAAUCAUGACAGUGGGUCGUCAACAUACUGGUCACAUAUUCGAAAGGUUGUUAGUAAAAUGUAUCAAUGGAAUCCAGAUUUUCAAUUUACAACUAUUGCCACGUUUGCAUACACAUUAGCUUUUGUCUUAAUUUUCUAUUUAACAUGUGUCUUUACAUUUCAAUCUAUCAUGGGAACUAGUUCAAUGCAUUUUUUAAUAUUCUGUUUGAAACAAAUCGUUGAUAUUGGUUUUCAUAUUGCUAUCAUUUCUUCUGCGGUCCGUUUAAUUAAAGGACUUGCAUUUAAUAUUCUGCUCAUGCCUCGAAUUGACUGUAGUUAUCUUGGGCGAACAUGUGAAAAAUAUGAUGCGGAAUUUAUGGCAUAUAUUUCUUAUUUACAUAUGGAGACAACUUAUAGACCACAAAGUAAAUCUUCAGCUCAAGAAGAAAAUAUAUUAGUGUCGUACAACGAUCCUAAUCGAUCUGAAACAGAGAAAUCGAAACAGACGUUCAGACUUGAAUAUUUAUCCCGAGAGGAUUCUGAUGAGGAGGAAAGCUCCGAUCAAUUAGCUUCAGAAGCGCAGCACGACAUGCAAAGUGAUACGUCGUCGAUUUCCUUGAAAUAUUUGAGGAAUGAAUAUCUGGAUACGUUAGAAGAUUCAACACUUCAUAUGUCUAAUCAUGUACAGCAAGUACUGUCUGAUACUCAACAACUUUCAACAAAAUCAGCAACAAAAAAAUAG